UAAAUGUAAGCCUUAUAUUGUGAAGACAAAGAACAUUAAGAUAAUCCUUUGAAUUUAUUUUGUUUAGAAGUAGAUUGCUAACAAAAAGGAUUGAUAUGUUCAUUUUGUUUAUUAAAAUAUCAUUAAGACCAUGUAAAGAAUGUAUUUCCACUUAAAACAAUAAUUCAUAGUCUAAAUAAAGCCAAUAAUCCAAAGAAUUAAUAAGAAUUACAUAACAAGGGGAAUGAAAUAUUUGGGAAACAUCAUAAGAUUAAACAAACUUUUAGAUAAAAUCUAAUUGAAAUAAAAGAAAUCCUUAACAAACUAGAAAGAGAAAUAGAAAAAUAAAUAAAAUUGUUAGAUUUGGAAGCAGAUUUAUUUGUUGGAGAUGCAUUUGAAAAAUCAAUAUCAAUAUUGAAUAUGGAAAAAUUAACAAAAUUGUAGAUUGAAUAAGCAAUAGAGAAAAUAGAACCACUUUUAAAAACAUGUGAUGGAUAGAUUUGGAUAUUGAGAGAUACCGAAGUUAAUUAAUAGGCAUAAAAGCUUAUAAAGACAGCCGAAGUAAUUGAGAGAGAGAGUAAAUUUUGGUUGGAGAAAGUAAAUAUUUAUAGUAUCUUUUACUAGUGUUUGACAGAUCUAAAAAAACUAUAUGAGACUUGUUAGAAUCCAAUAAAAAAGCAAAUAAAGAUCUUAAGCAGUUAAAAUAGAUAUCAAUUAACUUAUGAAUAAUGGAAUUUGAAGGAGACUGAUGCAAUAUGUUUAAAAUCUAAAAAGAAACAUGAUAUAUGGCUUUCAGGUGUAGGAUUGUAUGAGAUUACAACUUGGCCAGAAUAAGAAUUAUCUUUCUAAGUAUAAAUAUUUGAAGGUUCAAAUCUUAAUAGGUAUUAUAAUAUUGAAUAAUAAAUAGUAAGAAAAUAAUAUACUAAGAUAAAUUCAUAAUUAAGAAUGAUAUGGAAUUCGUUAAUCAUAUAGGUAAAAUCUAUUUUACUAAGGCAAUUAAGAUUGAAUAUGAUAAACCUUAUACAAUUGGUAUAAUUUUUUAUUUUAAAUUAAGCUUUAACACCAAAUCAAAGUUGUUUAAGUUAUUAUGGUGCUAAUGGUAAAUUUGAAACUGAUGAAUUUCAAUUUGAAGAACCUACAUUUAGCUAAGAAUUUAGUGAUAAUUCUACAACAAUUAAUUAGGGUGUAGUUCCCUAAUUCUUUUAUGAGGAGUGACAUAUAAUCAAAG